UCUAGAGAGUACGAAGUAAACAUUAGCAUGGAAAAAUCGGAAAAUUUAGAAGAGAAAUCUGAGAAAAAUGAAGCCGGGCAAAAAGAAACGGAAAAGAAAAAAAGACUGAAAAGAUAUUGUAGUGUUCCACAGUGUACUAAGAGAAACAGUGCAGAGUCAUUGCACCGAUUUCCACGGGAUGUUACGCUACGAAAAAAAUGGAUAAAAGUUUGUCAACUUAAAAGAAAUAUUAAUAAUUAUACAGUUGUAUGCAAUGACCAUUUUUUAUCUACGGAUUUCAUACCACGAUGGGACAGAAAACUUAAAAGAUUGAAGUCUAUAGCAGUACCAUCACAAAAUUUACCUUCAAAACCAUCCACCAAGAAAUUAACUCCUGAACAGUUGAAAAGAGCAGAAGAAAGGGCUGAAAGGGCUGCUAAAAGACUACAAAGAGAGGAUCCAAGGUAUGAUAUGUUAAUGGCUAUGAAGGAAAAAGUACAAAAUAAAAAUACUAAAAUAAUUUCAAAAGCAAAUAGUGAUUUCAAAGUAGAUGCAACAGAAAAACAGAAAAUAGUUGAUAAUGAAACUGAAAAUAGGAGUCAAAAUAUUGUUAAUGCUCCAAAAUCAAAUAUUAAUGAAGCAACUAAGAAAAAAAAGCCAAUUGUGGUUGAACAAGAGGUUAAUUUAGUGAAACCAAAUUUAGAUCACAACUAUUCAAAUAUUGUGUGCAAGUGUAAGAAGAUUGAAUCAAAAAACCCUUUUGAUAGUCCAGAAAUUCGUGCUGCUAAAGUAUUAGUUGAAUUGAAUGAAAGGGUUUAUGAAAUGAUAAAAAAUAAUGAGAUCAAUUUUGCAAUGAAAGAUGUUGCAUUGAAAGUAGGAGAAGAAUUUUAUCUUACAGCGAGGAGAUAUUAUAAAACAACAAUCAAUUCACUGAUUAAAAAUGAUUAUCAAUUACAUUUUUACACUGGAAUCGAUACUCAAUUAUUAAAUGAUCUGGAGAAAGCUAUGACCAUAUGUGAAAAAGAUUUUUCAGAUAAUCAUGAACUGAAACUGACAGAGAGGAUAAUACUUUGUUUUAUAAAAUUUCGUUUGAACUUUAGUUUCCUUUCUCUUGGUAGUUUGUUUUAUCUUAAUGAGCAAACUUGUAAGAAAGUGUUUUAUUCAACAAUACCGAUUUUGAAAGUUAUUCUAAGAAGUGCAAUAUACUGGCCAACGAAAGAUGAGAUCAUGAAAAUAAUGCCAGAGUCCGUAGAUAGUUUUAAAAAAACUGUUACUGUUUUAGACUGUAUUGAAAUUGAAAUUGAAAAAUUAAUGUGCCCUGAAUGUCGACUACCAUAUGUUUUGAUCAAUGAUAAGUCUGCAUAUUUGAAAAUUUUACUAGGUUUUGCUAAGACCGGCUUAAUUACUUAUGUAAGCACAGCUAUUCAUGGGCGUACUUCAAAUGAAACGAUUACUGAUGAGACUUAUAUUUCCAAAGUAUUAGUUCCUAGUCGAGAUGCAAUAAUGACUGAUGGCUUUUUCAUGGAAGAGGCAUGCAAUAGAGUUUUUAUCGAAAGUAUUAAAAAACGGAAAGAAAAGCCUUUUUGCCCAGAAGCUGUUCUCAAAGUUCAUUCAAAAGCAAUAAUUGAAACGCACAUAGAGAAUGCUUAUAGGAGAUUCAAAAUGUUCAAAAUUUUUCAAUCACCUAUCCCUUUUGACAUGGUACCGUAUGUAGAUGAUAUAAGUGUAAUUAUUUGCGGAAUUAUCAAUUUAAGUAAUCAAACUCUCGAAAUACAAAAUUUUUAUUAGCUUGUAUGUAAAUAAACAUGUACAUAUUAAUAUUUUCGUUUGCCUAUAUAAAAGAAUUUUUGUUAUAAAAACAAUUAAGCAAAGAAGUAUAAAUUAUAAAACAGUCAUCUAAGAAGAAGGGCUCACCUGAAAUUCAGCCCGAGAUACGAAUGUUUUUUCUUAUUAUUUAUGAAUGUCAUUCAUCUUUGUAUAGUCUUGAA